AUGCCAAAGCCACUUGUGGCUGAGGCCCUCCGCCCCCCCCCCCAAAAGCGUCCGACGGGCCGAACCAGGCAACCGGAGCUGCUCUCGACUCUUCGCGAUCUCCACAUGUUUACGUCCGAGCUCGAACCCCCUCCUCCGUUCACACCUAUCCGCAUCACCUCCGCUAUCAUCAGCACAUCUCUUGCUCCGAUCGAAUCGCCUACCCUAUCGGAGCACCCAGCUGGUCCGGCCACGCCUCACUCCCUGACCCGCCUUCAGCAAUGA